AUGUACCCAACGGAUAAUUUAAAACAUGGGCCCCUAAAGCUGAACCCGUUCAUGACGCAGAAGAACUUAGAUCACAACAUUAUGCUAAAAACGAUACAGAAUCUAUACAACAAAACGAAUGCGAACCCUUUUAAUAUGUCAUCACCUUUUCUGGUGGACAACAUAUUGCAUCAACAGAAGACCGCUAACUUCCACAACCAGUAUUUAAACCAUCAGCUGGAGAACUACGUACUUCAGAGGCAGGACUACGACCGCUCCAGAGAAAAUUCUCCAGAGAUGGAUGAACAGAAAAUAAACGAAGAAGAUGAUCGUCGGGAGUCUAUAGAUGAUUCCAAAACAGAGAACGAUGAAGAUUCAAAAAGCAGAGACGAAGAAGAAGGUUAUUUGAAGAAUGAAGCAGUGUACUACAAUAACGAAUACUAUGCUAGAAAUGAUGCCAGAUGUGCGGAGAAAGAGGUACUAAAUAUACCGAAUCUGUCGCGUCGUUGUCAGACGUGUGGAGCUUUCGAUUGUCCUCCUUACACCUGUAAGAAGUCGGGGAUUCGUCGCCUGGAGGAGCUGGAGAAGCGAUUCAACCUGCACGGCUACCAGGAGACUUCAGGUGAUGAGGGUGAAGGAGGAAAGGAGAAGUCGUACACCGAGGAAAUAGUCAGGAGCUGUGAGGACUACACUGAACAGAAGAAACCUCCACUCAAGUUCAGUGUGAGUGCUAUCCUGGGCGAUAGAGAGGACACGUCGAGGAAUAGCAGUAUAAAUGACUACAGACAACCGAUGAUGGGCAACCCGUGGCCGAUCGCGAAGCCAAUCGCCAGCAGACCGAUUCCAGUGCAGCAUCAGCAUUUGCAGCAUCUCCUCGCGCAUUGUCACCAUCCUUAUCUAGCUGUACGACCGGCGCAAGCGCAUACUCAAGUCUUUCCUCUCCCCGGAGGAUUCCCCUGGGCGCAUAGUUCGAGAGGUAAACCAAGACGUGGUAUGAUGCGACGUGCUGUCUUCUCAGACUUGCAACGGAAAGGUCUGGAGAAACGUUUCCAGGUCCAGAAGUAUAUCUCUAAGCCUGAUCGGAAGAAGUUAGCGGAGAAAUUAGGCUUGAAGGACAGCCAGGUAAAAAUUUGGUUCCAAAAUCGUCGCAUGAAGUGGCGCAACUCUAAAGAGCGCGAGCUCUUGGCUUCGGGCGGCUCGAGAGAACAGACUUUACCCAACAAGAACAACCCACAUCCAGAUCUAUCCGAUGCGGAGGCUGAUAAAUCCAAAAUGUCUCCACUUUCACCUAUAAACGAAGAGCAGUGUGGUGAAAAGAACACAAUGUUCGCCGCGUCGUCCAGUCAAAAUGACAGUUACCGUUAUGAGGACAAAAUGGCGACCGGUUCAAUGUUUUCCCGCGAAAAUUAUUCAAACAUGGAGGACGGUGAAGAUUUUGACAGCGACGCGAGCGCCUCCGACGAAGAAAUAAAUGUAACUUGA